AUGGAAAAACCAAAGAAGAAAAAGAAGAGGAAGUUAGAUGAAACUGAUGGAAUAAUGAGGAAAGUGGUGUUACUGAACCACAAACCAGUGAAAAGAAAAAGAAAAAAGAAGAAGAAAAGCUUAUGCCAAGAAGAAAUUCAAGAAGAGAAUUGUAAUGAACCUUCAGAUGAAAUUCCCAAAGCCAUGCCUCCAGACUGCACGGAUGAGGGAGAGGCAAAAAUUGCAGAAGAAACUUCGCAAAUGGAAGAAUCUACACCCAAAAGGAAGAAGGGAAAGAAGAAGAAACAAAAAGGAAGUGAAGACAAAGAUGAGAAUUCUCCCUCAGAAGAGGGUGAUUUAAGCACAGCAACAGAAGGCAAUAAAGAGGGAGCAGAGAGUGAGGAAACAAAUAAUUUCUGA